UCGCUGGUUUGAUCCAGAUAUCCCAAAUGAUUAAUUACCAUGUAAAUGGAAUAUUCCCAAUGUUUCAGUAACCGGAAUAUUAGCAAUAACCCCAAUUUUGACUGCAUGUAAACGUAGUCAACGUGUCACCAGUGGUGUGAUGUACUUAAACCUCUGCUUGUCUUCUUCCAGAUGUGCUGGACAGCAUGGCGAGGUUCAGCGUGCAGGGCGUGUUCAACUACAGCAUGCUGACGCUGUCCGACCACGAGAGGGUUCUGUACGUCGGAGCACGGGAGGCUUUGUUCGCCCUGGACCCCAACGACAUCAGCAGACAACUACGACCACAGAUCGACUGGCCGGCUCCCCAGGACAAGAAGAGAGAGUGCGUCACCAAGGGGAAGAACAACCAGACUGAAUGCUUCAACUACAUCCGGUUUCUGCAGAGCUACAACCACUCGCUCCUCUACACCUGCGGCACGUACGCCUUCCAGCCAAAAUGCACUUACAUUAAUGCUGAUCAUUUCACCCUCAACUACGCAGGCCUGGAGGACGGGAAGGGCAAAUGUCCGUACGACCCCGCCAAGGGCCACACCGGCCUCAUCGUCGACAAGGAGCUGUACUCGGCAACGCUCAACAACUUCCUGGGUACGGAGCCGGUGAUCCUGAGAAACCUGGGCACGCAGCAGUACAGCAUGAAGAGCGAGUACCUGCCCGCCUGGCUCAACGAGCCGGACUUCGUGGGGUCGGCCCUGGUGAGGGAGAGCAGCGGCAGCAAAGACGGCGACGACGACAAGAUCUACUUCUUUUUCAGCGAGCGAGCGUUGGAGCUGGACUGUGACACGGAACUGACGGUGGCCAGAGUGGCCCGAGUCUGCAAGGGCGACCUGGGCGGCACCAGGACCUUGCAGAAGAAGUGGACCACGUUCCAGAAGGCGCGUCUGGAGUGCUCCGUCCCGGAGCGCCACGUCUCCUUCAACAACCUGCGGGCCGUCUACACGCUGCCGGGGCUGGACUGGCGAGGAACAACCUUCUACGGCAUCUUCCACGCCCAGUGGGGCGACGUGGACGUGUCCGCCGUGUGCCAGUACCAGAUCGGCGAUGUGAAGAAGGUGUUUGAAGGGUCCUACAAGGAGUACCGGGAGGCGUCGCAGAGAUGGGGGCGCUACACGGGGGCCGUCCCCAGCCCGCGGCCCGGAGCGUGCAUCACUAACGCGGACAGGGAGAGCGGCUACAACAGUUCUCUGCAGCUGCCUGAUGGCACGCUCAACUUCGCCAAGAAGCACCCGCUGAUGGAGGACAAGGCUCUAGGUCGCCCCCUGCUGCUCACCAAGGGCGUGAACUUCACCCGGCUGGCCGUGGACCGGGUCAGCGCGCUGGACCAGCGCAUGUACAACAUGCUCUUCAUCGGCACAGCUAACGGCUGGCUGCAGAGGGUGGUGAUCCUUCCGGGUGAGGCCCACGUGAUCGAGGAGAUCCAGCUGUUCGAGACGCCUCAGCCCGUGGACAGUCUGACCAUCUCCCACUCAAAGAAGUACUUGUACAUCGGCUCUCGUUCCGAGGUUCUCCAGCUGCCCUUGUCCAACUGCAGCCGCUAUCAGUCCCAGCCAGAUUGUCUGCUGGCCAGGGACCCCUACUGCGCCUGGGACAGCGAGGGCCGGGCCUGCGUCCGCAUCGACCUCCACCGAGGGUCCACCGCCACCCUCUCGCAGGACCUCAUGCUGGAGAGGUUUAGUCGGGGACUAGGGAAGUUUGAUAAGCAUCUGUCCAUCCCCAGCCCUGAGCACUCUCGUCUCAGAAACGUCACGGUGGUCGUGGGCUCGGACAUGGUGCUCCCGUGCCAACUGGUGUCCAACUUGGCCCAGCCUUGCUGGGUCGUCAACGACCGCGAGCUCCAACUGGGCGACCCGGAGGCCGGGGGGCCGCGCUUUGACCGAGCUCUCAAAGCUCUGGUCAUCCCCGAGGCGGGCCAGAUGCAAGCCGGCCGCUACGUCUGCUACUCCGAGGAGCAGGGCGUCAAGUUCCAGACGGAGCGCUACCAGGUGGCCGUGGUGGCCAGCGCUCCCGUGUUCAUGGAGGCCCGGGCUCCGGACAGCAGCAUGGGACUCUUCUGGGUGCUGGUCAUCACCCUGGGGGCGGCGUGUCUCCUGCUCCUCGUGGCGGCGUGUUACCUGCGGCGGAGGCUGAAGCUCGCCCUGGGAAAAGGCGCCGACAUGAAGCCAUUGGAAAGCACCUUGGUGUACCCGAUCACCCUUCCCAAGGAGCCGCCCACUUUUGUCCCCAGCAAGAUGCCCACGGACGAGGAUCGGUUCUGGGAGACGGGCGCCAACUACUACUACUCGGACGGCUCGCUGAAGAUCGUUCCCGGCCACGCCCUGGGGCCCACCAGUGUCAGCAGCACGGCGUCGCCUAGCGCCAUUCCCGGCCAGCCCAUCCACUCCCCCAGCCGGCUCAGCCUCACCAACAUCCGAGGCUCCGGUAGCAACGGCUACAUCCGCCUCAGCCUGAGCACAGCAGGGGAGGAGAGGGCUAGCGGGGCUGGGGCCGGGGGCGGCGGGCUGGGGGGCCUGGGCAUGGCCGGGAACGACUACUCCAGCCCCUUCAAGGAGGAGCUGAGACGCACUUUGCAGCAGAGGAGCGUCCUGCCCGACGCCAACCCCGAGGAGUCGUCCGUCUAAGGGCCUGUCCUCCAAUCUCCAUUCUCACGAGUUGGAAAAAAACAAAACAACCAACCAACUACCUCCCUCCUUUUGAGGAUUUGCCUGCUCUCUCGCGCUCUCUCUUUUGCUUCGAAAGCCCAUGCUCUCUCUCUCUAUCACACUCCGCCAAUGCCUGUUUGGCUCACUGUAGACAUUUACAGCGUAGAGCAUGUUCAACACACACAUUCAUACACUGUGUUUCGCCAACAUGCACUUCUUUAACAACUGCGUUUUCGGGCGACACGCAGUUAAGACUUUCUCUGCUUCAACUGUGCGACUGCCUCUUGUGUAAAUUUUGUAUUUAAAAAAGGAUGGACGCAAAAAAGGAAGAGACGACCUCAAGCAUGGCAAUCCAGUAAAAAACCGUUAUUGUUCUCCGGAGGGCACAUUUCUUUUGUGUCGCGUUAGCCCCCCCCCCAAACCAUCGCCGGUUAACGACAAGGACAAAUGGAAUAUUGAACCAAUUGUGUGUUUGUGUUCCUUCGAGACUUUUACAUCUUACUGCACUUAAAAAGUGGAAGCUUGUCUUCCUUUUUUUGUGAGCCAGGAGUGAGAGAGCGGUAUAAAAAGACUAAUUAAUCUCCAAGCUAGAUGACAAUCACGUCUCCGUGGCAGGAGCUCUGUGUGGGACAGAAAAGAAAGGAGAGGAGAGACACAAAAAAAAGGAAGUGAAAUAGAAAAGGAGUGAACUGGAGUGAAAGACACAAGGGGGAUUUUUAAAUGAAGGAAAAUCUCUCAAGACUUUUUUUGCUCAAUUUGUAUUCCCCUUCCCCCGCCCCCGUUGACCCCACCGUUGACCCCUCCAACUUUGAUUUUGUUGUGCUGGUUAGUUUCAAUUAAGACAUUUCGCAUAGUGCUUUUUCCGAGUCUUAUGAAUGACAAUAUUGUUAGCAAGCGGCUAACGGCUCAGCUCUGUGAACGACAACGCUAGUGCAACCUGCUUAACAGAACAUUACUCCACUUUGCUCAGUCCUGUGACCUUCAAGUCCAAUAUCCAACAAGUGCACUCACUCCACAGAUCAUUUAUUAUCGUCACAGCGUGUAACUGUGCUUUAGACCCUUUUGGACACUAUUUGCUUACAUUGACAUCUAUUUGCAUUCAGCUCAAUAGCAGCAGAAACAAUAAUUGCACAGUUGAUUCUAAAUUGAAGUUGACGUGAAGAUGUUAGGCACGGAGAAUGUAGUUGAACCCUUUGCUGCGACGGCUGCAGAUGUCUUAAUAAGUGCUUUAUAUCCUUAUAUGUGUUCAGUGAAGGUGGUAACUUGCACUGCCAAGAAGGAAACUACCACUCCAACACACACACACACACACACCUUCACAGUAUUGUCGGCCCCAGCCUUCCUGGACUACAGAGCGAUUGUGAACCCUGGAGAAACCCCUCCCUGUUACCGACGCCCAGAGACCGACCCGGGGCUACUGUGGAUUUAUACAGCGGAAGAGCACUGUAAAACACACCGACAGAAAAAGAACAGUGUUGAAAGAAGAAUGGACUGAUUGCUGCCUCGCUGACAAAUGACUUGCUCCAGGCGCAAAAGCAGCUGUGAAACAGUGCAAGUGGUUUGUCCAUCAGAGGCGGCUUUUGUAUUUUCACGGACGUGUUGGUGGAGACCGGAGUGGACGCAGCAUGUGGAGGAAAAGGACCUUGUUUUGUUCCUCACUGACAGAGAUGUAAAAUAUGAACCAAUCCCGAGGCCGAGGACGUCGUCAGCCGUCUGUGCUCCAUCUUCUUGUUGCAUGACGCUCUCUGGAAGUUGGACUGCACAUCUUUGAUAUGACCAUCCUUGUACAAGUGCAUCGUUUUGAUUGAUCGUUUCUGGACUUUUUCAGACACCGAUGUUGAUAAAACUCUAAUGCUGUUUGAAAAAAGAGAAAAAAAAGGAAGAAAUGUGUCUAGUUUUAUUGCUCGAGAGUUGUACGGGACUAUUUUUGCUGCAUCUCAGUGUGUUUACUUUCUCUGUGCCUCUUCACCUUUUGGAAAAGCCAAAGUAGACUGCAGUUGCUUUUUGUUCCUGUUGAAAAUCUUAAAUUAAUUUUACUUUAUUCCAGAUCAACUAUUUAAGUCUCGGCAAAUCCGUCCACUUUGCUACGCUGAGCUGGUGCCAGAAACCUCCCAGCGUAUUUUAUCUGCAUCUAAACUUCCCCUCAAGCAAAAGGCUAAA